AUGGGGAAUUCUAUAUCAAAAGUCAUGGUAAAGAUGUUUGGGUAUCGGGAAAUGAAGAUCCUGAUGCUUGGGCUCGACAACGCGGGUAAAACCACUAUUCUGUACAAACUGAAACUCAACAAGAUCAAGACUUCGGCACCCACAGUAGGGUUCAACGUGGAAACGGUUUCGUUCAGAAAUGUGAAAUUUAACAUGUGGGAUGUUGGCGGGCAAGACCGACUCAGACCACUUUGGAGACACUAUUUUCCAGCUACUACAGCUCUAAUUUUUGUGCUGGACUCUCAAGACACCGCCAGGCUCAAUGAGGCCAAGGAAGAGCUAUACAGCAUCAUCAGCGACAAAGAAAUGGAGGAUGUGGUACUUUUGGUGCUUGCCAACAAGCAGGAUCUCAAGGGCGCCAUGGGUCCGCAGCAAAUAUCUGACUACUUGGAGCUCAAUGACCAUCUCGAUAACCAAUUGUGGUGUGUUAUCGGAAGCAACGCCUUGACCGGCCAGGGUCUAGUGGAAGGGCUGUCAUGGAUCACUAACAACACAAAAGCCAAAGACAAAAAAUAA